AUGUUUGCUUUAACGUCUCAAAGUAACGAUGAUGGCUUGCGGGCAUCGUACAAUAUUUCGUUGCUUAUAGCGAAAUCUGGAAAAUCGCACACCAUCGGAGGAGAGUUAAUUUUACCCGUUAUUGAAGAGGUUUUAAAAACUGUUCUGCACAAACCUCCAUUUGACCUACUUAAAAGAAUUCCUUUAAGUAACAACACUCUACAAAGACGUAUUGAUGAAAUGAGCUCUGAUAUAGAAAGAUUCAAGUGUAAUUAUCAGCAAACCACUCAUUUUUCUAUUCAUUUGGACGAGUCUACUUUGCCUGGUAAUGAAGGAUUAUUAUUGGCAUAUGUUCGAUUUGUUAUGGACGAAGAAAUCCAUGAAGAGCUGCUAUUCGCAAAAACUUUGAAGUCAUACACUAAAGGCAAAUCGAUAUUAAAGUGA